UUUGAUGGCUUCUUCAGAAAUACAUUGGCAAUUUCGGGGGUGACCCAUCCAAGAUUACUCUAGCUGGCCAAUCAGGUAUUUCGACGUCACUUCCUCUGUUCCUUCCCGGACAGACGCUUCUCUUGGGAGUCAUUGCGAAACUUGGAUCAUAGCUCAAGCAAUCGAUGUGUUGACGUUAUUACAGCCGGUGCAAUCUCUGUCUCGCACCACGUUAUGGACGUUUUCUUUCAAAGUGGAACUGCAAAUCCCGGUCCCAGUAAGUCAUUUGCCUGUACAAGUAGCAGAUUCGUUGCCACACACAAGUUGAAACUAGUACACAGAUUCAGCUGCGGGCGGACAGAAGGAGUUUGACGAGAUGGUGAAGGCGACUGGAUGUAGUCGUCAAAAGGAUCUGCUACAGUGCCUGAGGGACCUUGACUUUGACACCUUCUUGUACGUUAGUAUCAACCCUAUCCUCAAGAGGCAAGUUCUUGACAAGAGGCUGAUUCUGAGCUUUGAGCUAAACAUAGUCGUGGAGUUUCUUUGAUCGAGGGGCCACUUGGGAUGCAAGAAGCUCCAUUCCGAUGGAUCCCUCGCAUCGACGGAGAUUUUGUGACAGACACUUAUAUUGAAUAUUUCGACGAUUGAAAUCAUUCCACAAAAGUUGCCAAGAUUCCAAUGAUAACAGGUGAUC